GUUGUUGGGAUGGCUGCCCUGGCCUGUGGUAUGAUAUCUGUGGGAAGCUGUAAUGGCGACGUUACCUCAACGAUCAUACAAACCAUGAUGGAAAGAAAUGAAGCCGACCUAAAGGACACUUACUCAAAGUUUCUGGCCCUGGGACUUGCUCUUACAUACCUAGGUAAACAGGAUGCUGUGGAGGCUACACUGGUCGCUCUAGAAGUGAUUGCCGAGCCUCUCAAGUCAAUGGCUUGUAUGCUGGUCGAUGUGUGUGCCUACGCUGGUACUGGAAAUGUAUUAAAAAUACAACAUUUGCUGCAUGUCUGCUCUGAACACGACGAGACCAAAGAUCAGGAUAAUAAUGAAAAGAAAGAUGACAAGAAGAAGAAAGAUGCUAAAGACAAAGACAAAGAAAAGGAAAAAGAAAAAGAAACAACGAGUGCAGACCUCUCUUCACAACAAGGUAUGGAAUUUGGUUUAUUUUCUGGGGGGUUUUAUCACAGAAAUUU